AUGGAGAGCUCAAAAAGUGGAGGAUGGGCUAAUGUGUUGAGGAAAAAGUACAUGUCUAGGCUUGCUAGAAAGCCAAAGGCUCAUACUAGAGCUUGGAAUGCAGUGAAGAUUGGAAGAAGCAUUUGUGAAAAAGGCUCUAAGUGGACAAUGGGGUGCAAUAGCCCACGAAGCUUCUGGAAUGAUAAGUGGUUGAAUAUUGGCUCAAUUAGGUCCCUCAUUGAAGUCAUCCCACUUAGAAGAUAUGUUGUGCGAGAGGAUCACAGGAGCUGGAUCUCCAACUUAAAUGGGGAGUUUGACUCCAGAAAUGCUUAUGUACUGGCAAUUGAUGAGAACCUUGAAAUACUGGAUUUUCAUGGCAAAUGGAUUUGGAAGAUCCAUACUUUGCCCAAGAUUAAAAUUUUUCUGUGGAAAUGCUUGCACAUGAGCUUAGCUGUGAAAGCCAUUUUGACUCAUUGUGGUAUUGGCGAUUUGGGAGGCUGUGACAGUUGCACAAAAUUGAAGGAGAGUAUUAUUCAUGUUUUGAGGGAUUGCUUGAUAGCAAAAUACUUUUGGGAGCAUUCUAGCUGUCCUGAUAGUCCAGAACAGUCCUUUUCGGAUAAUCUUAUGCCAGUUGCUGGUUGGCACAAGCUCAAUACGGAUGGUUCAGUUGUCAACUCAAGUGGGCUGGCAGGAUGUGGCGGUUUACUUAGAGAUUGCGCCGGACAGUGGGUUGUGGGUUUUACAAAGUCUAUUAGUGUUAAUUCUAGUAUUGCCGCGGAGUUGUGGGCUUUGAGGGAGGGGCUGGGAAUGUGUUUAGAAAGGGGAAUUUCUGCUGUGGAGAUUGAACUUGAUGCAACUACAACAAUUUCCUUAGUUUCUAUCAAUGUCAAUGCUAAUGGAGAUUUGUUUGGUCUUGUUGAUGAUUGCAGGGAUUGCUAUGUCUGCCUCAAGUUACAUUAUCGCAUUGCUUCAGGGAAGCAAAUUUUUGUGCCAAUGCUUUAG